AUGACAAAGAGUACAAUCAAAAAGCUUAUAGGAUUGCCUAUUCAUCAGUCAGAAGAAAAGAAACAUUCUACAGUGAAAGAUUCAAAAAAUGGAUCAUCGGAAAAUGAUAAGGACAUGUCAAAGGCAUUGGUUGUUGUGGAAAACAAAGAAGAAGGAGAUGCAUAUAAUGACAAAAUUCAUGCAAAAGUACCAACAAGGAAAAGAAAACAAAUAGCAAUAAAGAAGAGUGGAAAAAAGAUCCAAGAAACAAGAAGAAGAACGAGGAAAAGAAAAACAAGCACAAAGCAAGAAGAUAGCACAGAAAAAUAUAACACAAAAGAUGAAAUUGAAGCAAAACUAAGAAAGAAAAUAGGGAGAAAGAAGAAAAUUAAAGAAGAUGGUGAUAUCAUUGAAGAUGAAAUUGAAGCAAAACCAACAAAGAAAAGAGGGAGAAAGAAGAAAAUUAAGGAAGAUGUUGAUAGUACAGAAGAUGAAAUAGAAGCAAAACCAACAAAGAAAAGAAGGAGAAAGAAGAAAAUUAAAGAAGAUUUUGAAAGUAAAGAAGAUGAAAUUGAAGGUAAAAAAAGAGGUAGAAAGAAGAAAGAUAAACAAGAUGAUGAUAAUGAUGAUGAAAACUUCCCACCAUUGAGAACAAAAGUGACAACAAAAGCAUUAUACACUACUGUUAAAUCUCUAAGCAGGGAACAAAAAGAAUGUUUAGAAAGAUUAGGUUUCAAGGCAAUAUCAGAAACAUCACUUGAUACAAUUCUAUCAGUUCUAGCACAUUUUGUUGUUGAAAGAUAUAAACCUACUUCAGUUGCAUUGAUUUAG